ACUCAAACCGGUAGCCUUAGGCGUCGCGUGUAGUGACUAUACCUUUUUGGCAGCCGGGAUCGGCUAUCCUGUGUAACACAACAGCGAAACAUAAACGAUGGCAACACGGCUGAUUUUUCUCGUGAGUCUGUUGGCCCUAGCCGGGCUCGUAGCCCCACAACACGACGACCACGACCAUGGGGAAGGGGAAGAACCAUUUCACGAGGUUUUGGAGCUGCUGGGAGCCGACGAGAACAGCACUACUCUCACGACUGCACAGACGGAAGAACUGGUGCGAAGGUUGAAGGAAAAGGUGCAGUGCUCGCAACAGGAUCUUGGACAGAGUACCACAUGCGACACGUGUUUGACCGCUGCAAGUCUGAUCGCGACGGCCACGGGUGACAACAGUGCCACAACCCUGGACGAAGAGGGGUUCCACAAGGCUUCGGUGGUCCUCGUGGCCUAUCUCACCGACUUAGCGGGCGUGUGCAAAAACAGCUCCGACCCGAGUGCAAAAGGGCUUUCCUCGUUUGAGGACCAGCUUCUCCAGUACACACACAGCGAGAGGGACGACAGACUCGGAGAUCACAGCUUCGAACACGUCUUGGAAGACAUCGGAGUCAACUACCAGGUUGAAAACUGGGGCAAGUGUUUCAGUACCGAGUCAGUUUUUGAGGAACUGAACAUCACCAAUACCAGUGGUGGGGCAACCCGGGAACAGCUGGGAGAGGUCGCGGCUAUAACAGUCGUCAGCGUGCUGCAGGGGUUGUGUAUCGGAGAGGCAACGCUGCCGGAGAAAACCUUCUUCACCAACCACAUCUUUGAGCUACUGAAUGCUACAAAUGGCGUCAUCACAGCAGCGGCUUUUGAGGGGAUGUUCACCUCUCUGGGGAUUGGUGGAGAUGGCCAUGGGGCUGAAGGGGAGGAGGACGGGCAUGACCACAGGAGGAAGCGAGCGGUCAGCAAGUCCAGGGUGAAGCGAGCGUCACAUGACCAUGGCCAUGAGCACGAAGAGGGAGACUUUGAAGAGACGUGCUUUACGCCAGACCAGUUGAUGCAGCUGUAUCUGAUCGAUGAGGACAGCGGUCUAACACAGGCCCAGUUUACGGAGGUCGCACCUGCGAUCGUCCAGCAGGUCUACAGCAAGGCAUGUGUAGAAACUCACACAGCGGUCCCCGGCAAAGCACUCACUGAGGCUGAAAAGUAUGGGUACGGCACCUUGGCUGUGUUGAUCAUCAGUCUGCUGGCCCUGAUCGGAGUCCUGUUCAUCCCAAUGUUCAGCUCCAGCCUGUACAAGGAGGCACUGCAGGGCUGCAUAGCUCUGGGUGUAGGGGCACUGACGGGUGAUGCACUGCUCCACCUUAUUCCACAGGCUCUUGGGCUGCAUGCCGACCACACAGCGGCAGAUACGCACGACCAUGGAGCUCACGACCUGUCCUACAUCUGGAAGCAACUGGCCGUCAUGGGCGGCAUCUAUCUGUUCUUCAUCUUCGAGAAGGCCAUGGGACAAGUCACCUCCUACUUUGGGUACCGUGGGCACAGCCACGGAGACAGCCGCGUGCAAACUAAUCAGGUGGCAAAUGACGGCACGAUGGAACCGCACCCCCACCAUUGCGAGAUGCGGACCACCGGGCACACGAUCUCCCUGGAGCCAAGCGACAACCCCAUGCAUACAAUGGACAAUGGGAAGCCAGCCAGCGCCAACCUUGAAAAGUCAGUUUCCAAACAGCAACUGACCAAUGCAGAGAGCACAGUGACAGUUAACCUGGACUCAGAGCAGCCAGAGGCUGACAACCAGGAGAAAAAGUACUUCUGCUGCAAAGGUUUCACAUCGCUGGCUAUGCUGAUCAUCGUUGGUGACGGCCUGCACAACUUGAGCGAUGGGCUGGCCAUCGGGAUCGCCUUUGCUGGGAACCUGUCUAUUGGCAUAUCCACGUCCAUCGCAGUGCUGGCACACGAGUUACCACAUGAGAUCGGUGACUUUGCCAUCCUGCUGAAGUGUGGCAUGAGUUACAAGCAGGCUCUCCUGUGGAACUUUGUUUCCGCCUUGUCCUGCUUCCUGGGGCUGUACAUGGGACUGGCCAUCGGGGCAGACAUCACCUCAAGGCAGUGGAUCUUUGCAGUGAUCGCUGGCAUGUUCUUAUACAUUGCCAUGGUGGACAUGAUGCCGGAGCUUGCCGAGCACAAGUCGGAACGACCAGUCGUGACAUUCAUCGUGCAGAAUGUGGGUUUCAUGCUGGGAGUGACCUCACUCCUGUUGCUUGCCCUGUACGAAGACCAGAUCGCAGUUAGUGUCCAGUAGUGAAGGACGGCUGGGGAUUAUUGCCAAAUUAUGGAUUUUGUUAUACCCGGCGCGUAAACCUUGGACCUAAAAGAGAACAAAUGUAGACUGAAGGUGGACUUACUUGUGUCAGAGAGAGAGUUACUCCCGGAGUAAGUCCACCCCAUUUUGCCAUGUUUGAGAACUGUUGGUGUUAGUUUUAUUAUCCAAAGGCCUUAACACCAAUUUAGGCAGUAAGUCCGUCUUCAGUCCUCCUUCAGUAAGUCCAUUUUCAGACCAUUGGAUUUACUGUGGGUGAAAAGAAGACUAUGGUCCAUGGCAAUUGUUGUUCAUAAGUCCAAGGUUUGCAAUGUUAUUUGACGCUAGUUCACCUUUAUCCAUCGUUUUUAUAAACGGGAUAUUCAGCGAUUUUAGUCGUCAGAGGAUGGUUGAAAAUUGCAGUAUAUUAAAAAUAUGGCAGUUUGACACCACCUUCCGUCGACUUGAUAUGCUUUGAUAUCCUGUUGUUAAAUUAACAGAAAUAGGUUACCCCAAGGAUAAAGGUAAAGUAGUGUUAACAGCCAGAUAUGAAUAGAGGAUAUGAGAUAAUGAAAGAUUAAAACAACUAUGAAUUCAAAUGCCUGAAUGUGAGCAUUUUGUGGUUCAUAUCCUAACUGAUAUGAAAAAAUGGAGCUGAAAAUCCAACUGGUACAGUAGGAAAAAAUGGAGCUGCAAAUUCAAGAGCCAAGAAAUAUUUGGUGUUGCCUUGUUUGUGCUUUGCUGGUUGCUUUUCCCUUGCUGUGAGGCAUGUUUUUAUCAGUGUGUAUUGGCGAUAUUGUUAUUCAUUAGUCAUGCCAAAUAUAAGAUGAUUUUUAUGAGGAAAAUGAACUUCUGUGUUCGUUUGGUAACGUUAUAUAUUUGAGAUAAGUGAUUCUUUAAAAAAUUCUAUGUUAUCGGUAGUAUUUGCACUGUUACAUGGUACUAGUGUUUUAAGGCCCCUGUAUUCUUAUCACUAGCUAUUAUAAGCUAUAUAAAUAUGUGAUUGUACUGUAAUCUAAACUAGAUUUGUAUAAGCAUCAAAUCUUUGUAAUUCCACUGGGAUCCAUAUUACAGCCACAUAGAAAACAAAAACUUUAUUGUUGAGGCCUUCUCAAGAUUGUUUUGCAUACCAGAAUAUACAAUCAUGUAGACUACCUCAGAAUGACUGAUGAUGCAUGGGUGCAUCUCUUUAAAUUACUAAUAUAUAGAUUCACGAAAUUUCAUUUGAAAUGGCACCCAGUGGAAUUAUAGGGGUUGAUGUUACAAAAUAAUGUACAUUUAACUUCAUAAGUUGAAUAUUAUGCAAAA